CGGAUAAUGCUGACGUGCUUAUGGCCGCUCUAAUUUUUUAGGACUGCCGAGUUUCAGUGUACGUAUGCGGUAAGAAGGGUUCCCAUAGGAUGAUAAGGACUUGAAGAUAGCAACGGUGGCGUUUGCGUUCACGAAGAAUAGUCGCCGGCCGAGCACGACGAUUCGGAGUCAUAUCGAUCUUACGGAGUGCGAGGCCUACAAAAAGGAGACGUACGGUAGGUCGUCCUCGACGUUGUCCCUCAGCUAGCCCACUCAUAUCUCGCUUCCAAAGAUGGUCCAGCCCUACGAGCCCGAGUUCGAGCAGGCACUCGCCGAGCUCAGCCAGAGUCUCACCAAAUUCUUGGAGGCUAACCCCGAAUACAGGAAGGCACUUGAGAUUGUGCAAAUCCCGGAGCGUGUCAUCCAGUUCCGUGUGGUGUGGGAAGAUGAUCAGGGCAAGUCACAGGUCAGCAGGGGAUACCGUGUCCAGUAUAACUCUGCGCUCGGUCCCUACAAGGGUGGCCUCCGUCUGCACCCCUCUGUUAAUCUUUCCAUCCUCAAAUUCCUCGGCUUCGAGCAGACCUUCAAAAAUGCGCUCUCCGGCUUGUCCAUGGGUGGCGGCAAGGGCGGCUCCGACUUUGACCCUAAGGGAAAGUCCGAUAACGAGAUCCGUCGGUUCUGCGUCGCCUUCAUGACAGAGCUUCAACGCCACAUCGGCUCGGACACCGAUGUCCCUGCAGGCGACAUCGGUACCGGUGGUCGUGAGGUUGCAUACAUGUUCGGCCAGUACAAGAAGCUUCGUAACGAGUUCGUCGGCGUCCUCACUGGCAAGGGCAUCAGCUGGGGUGGCUCGCAUAUCCGUCCAGAAGCUACCGGCUAUGGUCUCGUCUACUAUGUCGAGCAUAUGAUCGCCAGGUACUGUCCCGAGUACAGUUUCAGCAAGCCUUCGACGCUUGUUGCUGUUAGCGGCUCUGGUAACGUCGCACAGUACACUGCACUCAAAAUCAUCGAGCUCGGUGGCACCGUUCUCUCGCUCUCGGACUCGAAGGGCUCGCUCGUCGCCACCGACGGCACGGGCUACACCAAGGUGGACGUCGAGGCCAUCAUGGCGCUCAAGCUCCGGGGCGGCACGCUCGAGAGCCUCAGCAAGGAUGCGUCUUUCUCUAGCCGCUUCACAUACCAUGCAGGCAAGCGCCCCUGGACACUCCUCGAAAAAAUUCACAUCGCGCUCCCGAGCGCCACCCAGAACGAGAUUAGCGGCGAAGAGGCCCAGGCACUCACCAGGGCCGGCGCGAAGAUCGUUGCUGAAGGUUCAAACAUGGGCUCGACGCAGGAAGCGGUGCACGUUUUUGAGGAGUCGCGCAAGCAGGGCGGGAUCUGGUACGCACCAGGAAAGGCGUCCAAUGUCGGCGGUGUCGCCGUCUCUGGUCUCGAGAUGGCCCAAAACAGCCAGCGCCUGCAGUGGACAAACACCGAGGUCGAUGCAAAGCUCAAGGACAUCAUGGCGAACUGCUACAACAUCUGCCUCGACGCCGGCGUGCGCUGGAGCGAUGAUGCGCCCGAGCUCCAGGGCAAGGUUGCACCGUCCCUCCUUGCCGGCGCCAACGUUGCCGGCUUUAUCAAGGUCGCGGAUGCUAUGAGGGCCCAUGGUGACUGGUGGUAGGCGGCGUGUGCAACAAAAGUAUCUAGUAUCAUACAAGACUUGGGCAGUAGAGGACGGCAGGAGCAGAUCUAAAACUGCAUUCAGUGGAAUGAUGCUCGCUUUUGUAUACCACAUUUGUAUCAUUUAUUUGCACCAUUCUAGUCCGUACGCGAUACAAGUGUAAUCCCAACAUUUUGAACUUCAGGUGCAUUUUUGCCCGCGUAGCAUUUGGGCGCGUCGCUAUACGGUAGCGCAGCAGGCAUAUGGCAAAAAGAAAUAAUGACUGGAUUGUCUGAGCCCAGCAGUAUCGCGCUAGCUAUCCAGCCUGGCCUCAACAAUAUGGAGCUGUUGAAAGGGGGCCGUGCAGAAGGCUACGCACACCACCAAGCUCAAACGAACGCAGUUCAGACUACUGUGCGCAAUGUCUGCAUUGAUGGGUGUCGACCUGAACCUCGUACUUGCGCCAGGCAUAUACAGCGAGAUAGCAAUCAAGCACGGGUAGGGAAAUCGUUAAAUAAGGGUGUCUAGGGCAUGCUGGGACCUGUGCAGAUUCAAACCAAGCUCGAAUCGUUGUCCGAAGGUAUCUUCCGCAUCCAGAAUGGUCCUGCGAGAGGGCGUAUCAAGGCGCUGAUGCGAAU